AUGUGCGAGACUCAUGUGGAGGCUGCUGUCCGAGCAGAGCUUCUGAUGGCUCAAAUUGAGAUAAAAGAAAUCAAAAGAAAAUGUGGGAAUGAGAAAGACUGUCCGCAGUAUUAUUAUGCAUUCAAAAUUAUAAGUGGUGCAGCUAAUGUAGUUGGACCUUCUAUCUGUUUUGAAGACCAAAUUUUAAUGAGUGGUGUGAGGAAUAACAUUGGUCCAGGCAUUAAUAUAGCUUUAAUUAACGCCAAUAAUGGAAGCCUUUUGAAAACAGCCAAUUUCAAUAUGUAUUCCGGAGAUGUAAAGCCACUUAUAGCAUUUAUAGAAAAUUUAAAUGAGGGGACAUUAUUGCUCAUCUCAUCGUAUGAUGAUCCAGCGACAAAAUUGGAUACUAAAGCCAGAGAAUUAUUAACAAGUUAUGGAAGCAGUUAUGCAAAGACACUGGGUUUUCGAGAUAGCUGGGUUUUUGUUGGAGGCAAAGGAUUGAAAGAUAAAAGUCCAUUUGAACAGUAUCUCAAGAAUGAAAAAGAAAAAAACAAGUACGAUGGUUGGCCAGAGGUUUUGGAAAUGGAAGGCUGUAUUCCCAAGAAGAUGUAAUGAAGGCAAAACUGAGAUGCAGUGUCCAAAACACUUUAAAUUAUAUUGUGACUGUCAUCUAUGGGAAUAACGUUACCUGCAAUCACUUUGUUUUAUGUUUGUGAAUCAAUUCAGGACUGUCAGGAAUAUCCAUUGCUUGGGCAGAACUGGUUUAUUUGUUUAUGUAUAUAUUUAUAUUUAAUAAUAGUGAAACUGUUAUAAAUGUCUAUGGUAGAUGUUUACUGUUUUAUGGCUGGAAAAAAAAAAAUGUAGAUCAUAUAUUGAA